AGCUCUGGUUGGAUAUUCUUUUGGUCGACCGUCUUGCUUCUUCUUUCUAUUUAUCAGAUGAAACACAUGGAGUCUCUCACUAUACGUUCUGUUUCCAAAGCGGACUAUUCGUGGAAGUUGGAAAAGUUUAGUCUUGAGAUUUUCGCAGCUCCAAAGCCUUUUGUUGGACAAGACCGUGAUAUUAAUAUUCGAGCGAUAAAGUCUUGGCUUCGGUUGAAACCAAAACCCGAAAUUACGUUGUUAGGGGAUGAAAUAGGAUAUGAAGAGAUAUGCAGAGAGCUUGGAUUGCGACAAGAGAAGAGAUUAGAUAGAAAUUUCAUGGGAGUACCUCUCUUUAAUAGCAUGGUCGAUCGUGCCAACAGAUCAGAAGCCACUGUGACAGUGAUUAUUAAUGGUGACAUUAUGCUCUUUGAUGACUUCAUUCAGACAAUCAAAAAAAUGAUGUUGAACUUUCGUCAUUGGUUUAUAAUUGGAGCAAGAUGGGAUAUUGAUGGAUUACCAGAGGGCCUUCAUGAGAAACAUCCACAGUAUAGUCGCCUUGUUAGAGAACACGUACUUUCUCAUGGAAGACUUCAUACUUAUGGAGGGAUGGAUGUUUGGGCUUGGAAUACCAAUGGUCCCCCUUUGUUUGAUGGAGUUAUGCCGCACUUCGUGUUUGGAAGAGGAAAAUAUGAUAAUUGGCUCACUCACGAAACUAUUCAAGCCGGAAGACGUGAAGUUAUUGACAUUUCCGAGACAUCACUUAUGGUGCAUAUCAAACACGAUUAUCACCUAGUUUCAGCUGUCAGACAGACCUCUUCUGAGACAGUACAAGAGGAGAUGUCAGAUUCCAGAAAGAAACCUAUGGGUGCAUUCUGGUCGGAAGGGAAGCGGCAAAAAUGGGAACUCUUUCUUAACAUAUAUCUUGCAUUGAGCACGGGUUCAUACGUCAACCAAGUUGGGACAGUCAUUUUUGCUCCUUGGAAAACAAGUCUGUGCUUGGAACCAUCUGGUAUGUGUUUGCUUAGAAGACGACGCCCAGGAGUAUGUCCUUGUGAACAAAGUUCCUUUGUUCCAGCAACACAGACGGACCCCAUCGUGAAGAAUGGUUCUAGAGUUAUUCAAUGUGGCAGAAUUUCAGUAGAGACGAAGGAAAGUUUUGAAAUUCCAGUGCUUCCGAAACCAAACCAACCAGUGAUAUUUGGAUUGCCCUUAUUACUGGAACAUCUCUUGGAACGAGUAGCUAUUAACAAUACUGUUAUUCUUGUUGCAAUGAACUAUGGAUAUCGAUCAUUUUUGAUGAAUUUUGUUUGCAAUCUUCGACAGCUUAAUCUCUUUCCCGGUAAUCUGAUUGUUGCAGCGCUAGAUGAGGAUAUGUAUCGCUUUGCCUUCACGAGAGGAUUGCCUGUAUAUUUUGAGAACACAGUAUAUAGCAAAGAAGAUGCUACUUCCGUUGUUGCGGCUUCGUAUGGUUCGGACUCAUUCAAGAAACUGACAAAAAUGAAGAGUCGUGUAGUACUUCGCAUUUUAAAGUUAGGUUAUGAUGUUAUUUGGACAGACUGUGACAUAGUAUGGUUUCGGAACCCCAUUCCUUAUUUACAGUCACAAGAUGCCGAUCUUAUUAUUCAGUCGAAUGCUCCGGACAACGAGAACUCCAAUGAUCGUCGUCGUAUCAAUAGUGGUUUCUAUUUAGCCAGAAGUAACCCUCACACAAUUGAAGCCUUUGAAGAUGUAAUUCAAUUUGCUGCAAAGUCUAGAAUGACUGAGCAACCUUGUUUUUACGAUUUGUGGUGUGGCAAAGAGGGAGAAAAUGCUCAAGGCAAAGAACGUUGCAUCUAUAAAGGCAAGUUUCACGUGCUGCUCUUAGAUCGAAAACUGUUUCCAAAUGGAAUCACGGAAGGCAUCUGGGACAGUCCCGCUGGAAGGAUACAGGAAUUGUUUCCGCAUUUGUACAUUUUACACAAUAAUUGGGUAAAAGGGAAUGAAGGAAAGAUGGAAAGAUAUUACAGACAUGGAUAUAUAUUCUAUGAUAAUCACACAGAACUUUGUUCAUAUCCACAAUAGCUUUUUUACCGUUUUUAGGUUUAGAUAUAAAUUUGCAAGUGGUGUAGUUGAUUUUGUCAUAAAACUUACUAGCAAACUCUUAUGGUCAUAAAAAACUUGUUUGGAAGCAACAGUGUAACCGAACAUGACGAG